AUGUUCAAUAUUGCUGGACGGGGGUGGGCUGAUCCGACGAGGGAAGAUGGGAAGAUUGAGAAUGCGAAUGGUUUGAGGGAGUUGGUGAGGGAGAUUGAUGUGGAGAAAUUGUUCUAUGUGCAGAUUGUUGAUGCGGAGAGGCUUUCGCAGCCGUUGAAUGAGCAGCAUCCGUUUCAUGUUGAUGGACAGCCGCCCAGGAUGAGUUGGAGUAGGAAUGAGAGGUUGUUUAUUUGUGAGGAGAGAGAUCUCGGCGAGAUUAUAAUGAGAAGCUUCUAA